AAGAACAAAAAGAACCACCAAAGAAGACUAUCUAGAGAGAGAGAGAGAGAGAGAGUGUUUGUUUAGUUCAGAAACCCUAGCUGGUUUGAAGCUUCCAGAUACACACACUCACACUUACAAACACAUACACACUCUCUCUCUCUCUCUAUAUAUAUAUAUCUAGGGUUUCAAUUACAGAUCGAUUUUUAUCAAAGUGUUUGCUAUUUGCUUCAGCUGUAAUAUUCGAUGGCGGAAGACAAUAACAAUAAUAGGAGAAACGGCGGCGGUGAGCGUGAUGAUCGGAGUGAAACGAGUGAUUACACAUCGGAAGAUGAAGGAACAGAGGAUUACCGGCGUGGUGGUUAUCACGCUGUUCGUGUUGGUGAUAAGUUUAAACAUUCUAGAUAUAUUGUUCAGAGUAAGCUCGGUUGGGGCCAUUUUUCUACUGUUUGGCUCGCCUGGGACUCUCUCAAAUCCAGGUAUGUAGCUUUGAAAGUACAAAAAAGUGCUCAACACUACACGGAGGCUGCUAUGGAUGAGAUUACGAUAUUGAAGCAGAUAGCCGAGGGGGAUCCGAAUGACCAAAGAAGUGUGGUGAAGCUUUUGGACCAUUUUAAGCAUUCUGGCCCGAAUGGGCAGCAUGUUUGUAUGGUUUUUGAGUAUUUGGGUGAUAAUUUAUUGACGUUGAUCAAGUAUUCAGAUUACCGAGGGAUUCCUCUUCACAAGGUUAAGGAAAUUUGUUUCCACGUUUUAGGGGGUCUGGAUUACUUGCAUCGUCAGCUUUCGAUUAUACAUACGGAUCUUAAGCCAGAAAAUAUUCUACUUUUGUCUAUGAUUGAUCCGGAAAAAGAUAGGACAAAAACAGGUGCACCCCUCAUUCUAUCGUCCAGUAAGGAUAAUAACUUGGCCACUUCCGGGGCACCUAAAGAAGUUAAGGUUUCGAAUGGUGAUCUUACCAAGAACCAGAAAAAGAAAAUUAGGAAAAAGGCUAAGAAAGCUGCCCAAAGUGUUGUCGGUAAGGAAGAUUCUGAGGAAGUUGAAGCUGAUAACGAGACAACUGGUGGUGAUUCUUGUCCCACUGAGAAAUCAAAUGGAGACUCCCUUGAAGAGCAUGGCACUUCUUCGACUGUAAAAGACGAGUCCGCGAAUCAUUCUGAAGGAAGGGAGACUCGCCAAGGAAUUCAACUUCGUGGAAGAGGCAGCCGCUCAACAAGGCAGAAACUUUUGGCUGAGGUUGAUGUUAAGUGCAAGUUGGUGGAUUUUGGUAAUGCAUGCUGGACUUAUAAGCAAUUUACUGGUGAUAUCCAAACCAGACAAUACAGGUGUCCAGAGGUUCUUCUAGGAUCCAAAUACUCAACUUCCGCGGAUAUGUGGUCAUUUGCAUGCAUAUGCUUUGAGCUGGCAACUGGAGAUGUUCUCUUUGAUCCUCAUAGUGGUGACAACUAUGACAGAGACGAGGAUCACCUGGCCUUAAUGAUGGAACUUCUUGGAAUGAUGCCUCGAAAGAUAGCUCUAGGUGGGCGUUACUCUCGUGAUUUUUUUAACAGACAUGGUGAUUUAAGGCAUAUCAGGCGAUUGCGUUUUUGGCCCCUGCAUAAGGUGCUUAAGGAGAAAUAUGAGUUUAGUGAACAAGAUGCAACAGAAUUGGCCGAUUUUCUUGUUCCUAUACUUGAUUUUGUCCCCGAUAAAAGGCCAACAGCCGCUGAAUGCUUGAAUCACCCGUGGUUCGCCGGAGGACCGACUCGACAUCUUACUCCUACCAGUAAUUCUACUCCGGAGGCCAAUGAUAAUAAGACUUCCGAGAAAACUUGUGAAAAAGAUGAGAGGGAAGCUAUGGAGGCUGGAGUGGGUAACAUUGCUAUUGGGGGAGUAACAAAGGCACCUUCAAAACAAGCUUGCUGAGUUUUAUAGCAAUGAAGUGCACAUGUAGCGAUUCGUUUUUGUCCGCGGGCUUGUUGCAAAGGGAACCAUCGCCUGACUGGGGAAAGGAGACGUUGACAGUUUUCUUUAAGUCCUCAUAUUCUUUGUACAAUUUACAAAAGUUUCUGUAGCUGGGGAUUUAUGUAUUGGGGCAUUCCUUAUAGACAUGGUAUUGCAACUGGUUUUGAUGUGAUGAUCCCAAUUGUGCAUCUUAUUGGGUCCGUGAUUUUUUAUCUGCUACCAAACAAAUGAGGGAAUGAAUGUCUUAUUUUGGAUUUUAUUUGUUAUUGCUGUUAACAAUUAGCUAGAAAACUUUUUGAUUUAA